CGGUCUUGCUUCUUGGAAAUCCAACGUUAACACAACAUUCUACAUGCGAAAAAUGCAGCUAAACAUAGGAUACGACGGGGUGUACGGUCAUGGCGAUGGAUGAUAUUGCGGCGGCAAACACUCGCAGUGGGCGUGUACUGAAACACGAACUGUACCCAACCCCACACGCAAUGGCAAUGAUAUCCCUUUGCCUCUUCUCCUUGACUCUUUGGACUGACAAUCUUCACACCUCCUGUCGUCUGCGAAAAUGAGUACAACUCGCGAACUUCCCGAUCAUAUCUUGCAUGAAACGAUUUCCAUGAUCAUCGAUUCAACACGAUCAAAAGGCUGGCAAAUAUCGCUAAGAUUAGUCAAUCACCAAUUCAAUGAAGCCGUGCUGGAUGUAUACUACUUGCGGAAAAGACUUGUGGCCAGAACCAGAGACCACUCACUCGAUUGCGUCAAUCCAUGCUACAACGGGUUCUGCCAAAGUAGAAUGGCUUCCCAACUGAAAGAAUUCUACGCGGCGCGCUUCACCUUCCAAAGCUUGCUUGCAAUCCGACACUUGGAUGGCAACCCCGCGCACGCUCAUCAGCUCCUACGGCAGUGGCAAGCCACAAUCACGAUAUUGCGAGGAGUGGAGAGCCUCAAACAGCUCGAUUUAGAGCGAGUCCGAUUCUUCUCGACCUGUAGCGACAAUCCGAGCUUUAAUGAUGCCCCCAGCGCGAUUCUUUCUGACUGGGACCACAAUUUGCGUCAAUACUGGUCGAUGGUAGAGGAGAGAGUCCUUGUCGUUCAGAUGGGUUCCAGAUCCACCCUCCUGCGUUCUGGGUGGCUCUCAGUGCAUGCGUGCUGGGAGACAUUCAACUGUUUGAGACGUACAGUAGCAGAAUGACACUACCAGUCGAAAUUUCCUCCCGGGUAAGCACUCCGGAUCUGUUCAUCGCAAAACAGCCUGUCAACCUAUUGAAAGUGGCGAUAAAGCAUGCGAGAACCGGCAUAAUAAGCCGUUUGCUUGAGCAACAUCCAAAUCUAAUGUCAGAUGACCAUUCACCUCUACGAAGAGCCAUAUUCUCCAACAACAACCAAGUCCUGAAAGCUCUACUCGAGUAUACGCCGCACAACUUGCCCGACCUGCUGACUGAUGCCUUGAGUCAUUAUUGGACACUGCUCACUCAGUCUAACAACGGCUCAGAGACGAUCAGAUAGUUGUCACGGCAUUUCAGCCCCCUUUCUGCAAAAUCACGUACUUGGCUUAUCAUGCAGUCAUGUGCAGUGGGUGACGUAACGCUCUUGGAAGAGUUCUCGAAAACGGAAUCGCUCUUCAGUCAUCGCAUUGACGACGCCAGCGGUCGCAUACCAACAUACAUCCAUUUCGCUAUCCGCUGCGGGAAUAUUGACAGUUUGCGCUUCUUGUUCGAUCAUGGGGUUCUCGAAUUUCAGCGUCGACAGUCGGUGUGGAUGGCGACGGAACAGGCUAUGUCAUUCAAUCAGAUAGACUGCUUUCGAGAACUGUACCAGCGGUGUGAGGAAUCUCGAUCGGCACGCUUCUUCGAGUAUCUCGCAAAGGCAGAAAAUGCAGAAGAAAUGAUGGCCGAGCUCAUCUGUACUAGUAAAGACAGGGACCUCAUUUUUGAACCGUUGGGCGAGCCGGAUAACCCAAUACCGUCAGUUGCUCAAAGAGCACUGCGGAAUGCUAUACAACGUCUCAGAGCCGGAAAUGUCCAGUUCCUCCUCGACGCAGGGGUAUGCGUAUCCGGUUGGCGGCUGCUCGAGGACUCCUUUGAGAUCCAAUGGCCAUAUUACAACCUGAACCGAGAUGCGUUCCAACGCAAUCAAGUGGUGCUCGAUACUUUCGGCUUGCCAAAAUUGAGGAUAAUUGUGUAAUGCGACAAGACUACUGGUCCCAAACGGGUGCCAAAGUAAGGUGUAGUGUCCGCGCUGGAUAUCGGAGUCUCAUGAGCAGUUGCGAGCUUCCUGUGUCAUAGCCCUGAGACGGCGUUUCAACCAUGCUGCUAUGAGGCUGGGUCACGUGCGAGGCUGGAGCAGCUAGGGGCAGUUGAUAGCUGUUCUGACUGCUAGGUGAAGGAAGUUGGAUCAUACUGUUUCGAAG